GGAGUAUUUCGGAUCACUCCUCCUGUGGAAAAAUACCCAGGCAGCGCUCAGAACUCUUAAGGCUUUUGCGGUGUCACCAGCGUUUAAAGCGAUUAUUUUGGUGGUUUCCUGUUUAAAUCUGAUAAACUUGUUUGGACAUGUAGGGCGACCUACCUGGGUAUUAGCCUUUCUCCACCUCCCCGAGGUCGGGGGCGGGCAACGGACAAAGGUGUAGGUCGGGGGAAUUAGCCCCCUGCAAUAAUUCCUUUGGACGGCCAAGUGAGAACAGGUGGUAGUGUGGGACAGAAGGAAUCUGUGUGUAAGUUAAGGUAGUUAUUAGUAGUGUAGCCCAUUAUACUGGUAAGAGGGUUAACAUUGUUUAUGUGUGCUAUUGUCUCCUUUGUUACAGGUGCUGCCCUAAUACUGGUAAGCAGGGUAAGUGUAAAUAAUUAAUUAAUUAGGUAUAAGGUUAACUGUUUGCAGUGCUAACUAACUGGCUUGUUUAUAGUGUGUGAACUAAUUAUAGGUGCUGCCCGAAUUAUACUGGUAAGUGGGUGAGUACGAUUAAAUUAGGUGCUAACGGAUUGUUGUUUGAAUUAACCACUUAACUGAGUGAGAAUAAUACAAGGUGACAGCCGUUUUAUUAGGUGUAAGCGGCAACUGAGGUAAGUACCUGCCAUUAAUUAAUCACAGCUGGGUGCGAACUGCGGCUGCUUUCCGCAGGAGUUUCAACCCGGAUAAGAGGGGGCGUGCAGCAACUGCGUUGCUGGAGCUCACCCCAAGCUAGAGUAGAUAAGUUCGAACACUCGAAAGAAGGAGAUGUCGGACUACGAAAGAGAUAAAGAAGGGAGAGAGCAGGAUAGAGAGAGGGAGAGAAAGGAGAAGGAGAAGAGAGAUCGGGAGAGAAUGGAGAGAGAAAGGAGAGAGCUUGAGGAGAAGGAGAGAUUGGUGAAGGCCGAAAGGGAGAGACGGCGAAGAGAGAAGGAGGAGAAUGAAAAGAAGGGUGAGAAGGAGAGAUUAGAGAAGGAGAGAAGUAGGAAAGAGCAAGAGAGGCUCGAAAGGGAAAAGAGAGAGAAGGAGAGAGAAGAGUACGAGAAGAGACUGCUUGAGCAGCAUAAGAGAAGGAGCAGUCUGGAAAGAUCCCCACCAGUAGGGAUAAGGAGAGACAUAAGACCGGAAAGAAGUACGGACGGAGAGUCCGAGACGACUACAGAAGAUGAUACCAAGAAGAGAAAGGAAAGAGAAGAAGAAAGUCCUAAAAAGGUGAAGAAAAAGAACAGAACCGGAAAGGAACGAGAAGAAGAAGAAGAAGAAGAGGCGGAAGAAGAGCCAAUGGAUGAAGAGACGCAAGAAAUAGAGCCAACACCGCAGAAGAAGAUGGAAGAGUUGUUAAAGAAGAUGGAGAACUGGUCUGAGAGACAGAUAAAGAGCAAAACAAUAAGCAAGACGCAAUUGAGUGAAUUAAAUAAGCUGGUGGGGAUGAUGAGGAAGGAGCUGAAAGAGAUGGAGAUAGAGAAGGCGAAGAUGGAAGGAAGGCUCGAAGAGCGGAAGGAGAUAGUAAACAUGUUUAAGGAAGCCCUGAAGGAGGAAGGAGAGAGAAAGAGCAGAGAAGGAGCACAAGAAGAAGGGACGACUAAGUCCUUCGCUGAUAUUGUGAGAGAUGAAAGAAAGAUGAAGGAGAAAAGGCCCCCUGCAAUUACAGGUAAGAGGGGAGAGCCGGCCAGAUCAUCAAACGUUGUGUUGGUGAGAAAAGAAGGAAGGGAAAGUGAGGAAGUGAGGAGAAAGAUGAAGGAGUUGAUAGAUCCUGGGAAAGAAAGGAUAAAUGUAAAGAGAAUGACAAAUGUGAAAAAUGGAAUCUUGCUGGAGGUGACCUCAAAAGAAGAGGUGAAGAGAUUAGUGGAGGAUGAAGGAAUGAAAAGAGAGGGAAUAGAGGUGAAAGCACCGGAUAAGAAAAGACCAAUGCUGAUGAUUUAUGAUGUUGAAAUGAGCUUAAAGGAUGAUGAAAUCAUGAAAGAAAUUUAUGAACGGAACCUGAAGGAGGAGAUGACGGAGGAUGAGAUGAAGGAAGGAUUCACAAUACGGAGUCGGAAGGAGGAAGGGAAAGGAGACAGAAGAAGAAGGAUAGGAAGUAUAAUUGUGCAAUGUAGUGCGAAGGUGAGAAACCUGUUAAGAAGAAGGGAGAGGCUGUAUAUAGGAUGGACAUCAAACAGGGCUAAGGAUUAUAUAGACUUGCCCAGAUGUUACAGAUGCCAACGUUUUGGACACGUGGCUAAGUACUGUAAUGGUAAGAAAGCAUGCCCCAGAUGUAGUGAGGAGCAUGAUAUCAAGGACUGCCGAGUGCAGGAAGAUGCACCCUGGAAGUGUGUAAAUUGUGAGAGAGAUGGAAAGGUGGAUCUCAACCACGAUGUGCGAUGGAAGGGAUGCCCGGCAUACAAGAGGGCGGAGAAGAGGUACUUGGAGUCAGUUGCCUAUGAUUAG